AUGAGCACGAGAUCAAAAGCUCUGAACGCAUAUAGACACGGCUUGAGAGCUACUCGAAUAGCCUUCCAGAAUGAUACAGAGAUUUUAUCAGCUGCCAGAGCCAAAAUGCGCUCAGGCAUGGCAUCCCCCCCAAAUCCGAAACUAACUGCAGAAGAACAGAUCCAACAUCUAGAAGACGUGGCUGUUUUCUUGAGACGAAACUUAGUACAAGGCAAAAAAGUUGAGGGUGCAAAUAUGAAGCAGCCUAGAUACCAUUUGAACAUCCACGGAGAUACUGAGUUAGGUGAUAAUGAAGCUAUUGCGGACCCUACGGCAAAAGUGAAAACAAACUUAAAGGCAAGACCCUUCAAGUGCUCUGAUAAAAAGCAAUAA